UAGGCGCCUUGUCAGAAACAACUGUCAUGCGGCUUUUGUGAUGACGAACUGUGACCGUCUGGCAAAAAAAACUGUUAUUAGAGCCUAGUAAUGAGAAAUUAAUCGAAUUACUUCAGUAACAAAAAGCAUCUCAUUAAUUGGAAUGGCGUACAGAUAAGUUUGAGCGUUCUAGUUGAUUUAGUUCUAGGCUUCAGGUAAUUCGAGUAUUCCAUUAUACAAUGCGUGGAUCUGUUCAAUGGAAAAUAAUCGACGUCCGAACACGUAUGCAGUAAUCGUUGACGGUCAGAACUCUUCACGAUUGUAUUCUCCAUUUUCCGAGUAAAUAGCCAAAAAAAAGUGGAAAACAAAAAGCUUAUAAUAGCAAACUUGAUCAAACGCUGCAAAGAUGCUUCCACUGACACAUAAAGAUUCCCGUGGCUUCACCUAUAAAGUACGAGAAAAGUUCAACAGUCUGGUUCGGUUGAUUUUUUCGGACCGGAACUCACGAAACUUAUUCUUGUUUCUGUUGCUGAACUUGAGUUUUGCGUUUGUCGAGCUGAUGUACGGCAUAUGGACUAAUAGUUUAGGAUUAAUUUCGGAUUCAUUCCAUAUGUUCUUCGACUGCACUGGCUUAUUGGCUGGUUUGGCUGCGUCUGUUAUUACUAAAUGGAAAGCCAACGACAAAUACUCGUAUGGCUAUGUGCGAGCAGAGGUACUCGCCGGGUUCGUGAACAGUUUAUUCCUGCUGUUUAUAGCAUUCUUCAUCAUGUCCGAGGCUGUCGAACGAGCGAUAGAGCCGCCGGAGGUAAAGCACGAACGACUGUUUGUUGUUUCGGUGCUAGGACUGUUGGUAAAUCUGGUUGGCAUUUACGCGUUCCAGCAUGGUGGACACGGUCACAGCCACGGAGGACAUGGCCAUAGUCACGGCGGUCAUGGGCAUUCACAUGGCCAUAGUCAUGGAAGUCACACUGAGUCUAAUCAUUUGUUGGCCAAUCACAGCAAUCAUGGUCAUAGUCACGGAGGUGUCGAGCAUAAUCAUCACAAUCAUUCUACGUCUGUUAAUGUGGAAAUGCCCAUUUCGUCAAAUAACUCGCAAAUUAUGCGCGGUGUCUUCCUGCAUAUUCUGGCUGAUACACUGGGUUCGGUCGGGGUGAUUAUUUCUGCCGUCCUCAUGCAGUUGUUCGGUUGGAUGCGAGCUGAUCCAAUUUGCAGCAUAUUCAUAGCUCUCACGAUUGGCCUCAGCACACUCUCGUUGAUCAGAGAAUCAGUUAUGGUGCUAAUGCAACGUCAGCCGGUUAGUCUCGAUCGGGUCCUACCUCAGUGCUACCAAAAGGUGACCGGACUUGCCGGUGUCUACAGCGUCCAAGAGCCCCGUUUUUGGACUCUCUGCAGCGACGUUUACGUAGGAGCUAUCAAGCUCGAGGUAUCGAAAAACGUGGAUCCCCGGUAUGUAGUGCAGCACACGCGGAUGAUCUUCGAAGCUAUCGGCGUGCGACAAAUCCACAUUCAGCUUGACUACGCAGCAAUGUGAUAAUGUGGAUGAAUGUUUCGGGAAAUGAGAUACAUGCAAGUAUUCUUUCGUCUUAGAGGAUAUCCCUUCGUUUUUGAGGGUUGUUUCAUUUAUGUUGUUUACGCGUGCGUGAGAACGGGUAUCAUUGGAAGAUGUUUCUUUUGAACCGCGGUUUGGUUAGAUGAGAUGAAGUGUAACUAAAUAUUAGUAUGAUACAUAAUAUUUUUCAGAUACACUUUUGUUUUAGAGAGAGUUCCUCUAAAUUUCUCUUUAUUUAAAGACUUUUAUUCCCGUUAUAGCAGCAACUGCGAAGAGUGAGGACUUAAUUUUACCCAUUCUGUUCCAAUAGAGAAAAUAAUGUAAGA